AUGAAGUUUUCCUCGAUCAUUGCUGGAGUUUUGACUCUUGUGUCAGUGGCUCAGGCUUCUGUCAUUCAAGAACAAGAACCCAACAAUGGCAUUAACUCUGCUCAGCAAAUCCCAGUCGCUGCCUUCACUCUUGGGUACAAUCCUAUUAUUGCAAACUCUGCUACACUUCCUUGGGUAACCAUCGAUGGUACUGGGGAUGGUACUAAUGACUUUUACUCAUUUGUGGUCCCCGAUUCAGGAAUGAUUGCUUCCAUCUUUGACAUUGACCAUACCACACAUCCAAACCACUAUGAUGCAUAUGUCACUCUGUAUGAUUCAAAUGGAAACUACCUUGCACACGAUGAUGAUCAGUGGCCAACUGAUCCUGGCUCAAACCACCAUCAUGACUCCUACUUGACCUACACCUUCAAUGCGCCUGGUGUAUACUUCGUUAAGGUGGGUCGAUGGCCAAGCAACCAGCCAGUUCCAACGGGUGCCACAUACCAGUUGCACAUUUCCCUGGGAUAUACGGAAGCACAGCUUCGAGCUGCUUAUGGUAUGGGAGACCCACACUUCAAGGUACGACACAGCAGGCUACGAUCAGCCCAGUUGAUGAAUUAA